CGAGUCCUUGGGCAGCCCACCAGCGAGCAUGCAGGCGCCCUUCCAGCCGCUCCCGGUCGUGCCCGCGCCCUGGAUGGCCCACCGCUGCCCGACAAGUGGCGCGGUGUAUUACGUGAAUCUCCAGACGCUCGCGACGACCUGGACGUCGCCCGUGCCGGCACCGCCGCCAGCGCCGGAGGACGUGCCCUGCGCGACGUGCAUGGAGUGCCCCUGCGCGUGCGCCGCCCGAGCCGACGAAGCGCAAUCCGAAGCGCAAGCCAAAGCCUUAGAAGCAGUCAAAGCGCAUACGGCGGUGCCGCAGAAAUACAGUCAUCACGAGGACGUCCCCGUCGACAGGUCGCGGCAGGGCCACGUCAGAGGUGUGUGCGUGGCCUUCAACCGGGGCUACUGCCGCCGCGGCGACGACUGCCGAUAUGAGCAUGCAUUCACGAGAGAGGCGCGUGAGGUGGCCGCGGCGACAACGUUCGUGGACGUCCGGGAGAUCCCCGCAGCCCAGGUCGGCAAGCAACCAAAAAAGCAGCCCUGCUUCGACCUGAAGCACAAGGGCUUUUGCGGGCGGGGCGCGGCGUGCCCCUUCGCGCACACGGGCCACGAGGGCCUGCCGGCGACGCGUCGCCAGCGCAAGGCGCAACGGGCCGCGGAGGCGCAGGAGCCGGCCGCACCGGCUGAGUCCGUUCCGCCGGUGCGCGCGGUGACGGCGCCGGCGCCCGCGCGGCACCGCUCCGCCGAGCGCCCGCGCUCGCCCGUCAGCGACGACGACGACGUGGUGCCCCAGCGCGAGCGCGCGCCGCUGCCCGAGCGCCACGCGCGGCGUUUGUCUGGCGACGACGACCGCCCGCGGUGCGACUACUCCCGCGAGCGGCCCUCGCCGCGGCGGGACCGGUCGCGCGAGUGGCGGCGGGACCGGUCCCCUGAACGGUGGCGGAGGAGGCGGUCGCGGUCCCGAUCGCGGUCGCGCGGGCGGCUGUUUUAUGGAUAA